AUGGUUAGCACCAAUGACCCAGAGAACAUUCAAGCCCUGCUAGCAACUAAGUUCCACGACUUCGAUCUUGGACCACAGAGACAUGAGAUGUUCAAGGAGAUGUUGGGUCAUGGAAUAUUUACGGCAGAAGGAGAGAAAUGGGCUCAUUACCGUCAUCAGCUCAAACCACAAUUCGCCCGCGAACAGAUAGGUGACCUCGAAGCUACCAACCGACAUCUCAAUGUCAUGCUUAAAGUCAUGCCUGAAGAGAAUGCUGCUGGUUGGAUCGAAUCGGUGAACCUUCUCCCACUACUCUACCGCCUUACAAUGGAUCUCAGCACCGAAUUUCUAUUUGGACAAUCAGUCAACAGCCAGUCCAACACCCUUUACUCCCAAGAAUCAGGAAACACCAAGGAUAUGCAGGAGCAGAUUGAUUUCGCCGAGGCAAUGGUUUACGCCCAAGAAUUCAUCUCAUGGCGAUUCCGCAUCCGAGGCUUCUACCUCUUCGUGUCAAAGAAGAAGUUCAGGGAAGCUUGUGCCACAGUCCAGAACUUCGUCUCUCGUUUCGUCGACGUCGCUCUUAGUCCAGAUGCCAAGCACGCAACCAUGACCGCAAGAGGAAAACCAAAGUUCACCCUCCUCGACGAAUUGACCAAAGAAACCAGAGAUCCCAUCGAGCUUCGAGAUCAAAUGCUCCACGUCCUCCUCGCCGGCCGCGAUACAACAUCCGCCACAUCCGGUUGGGCCAUCCUCCUCCUCUCCCGCGCCCCCGCCGAGUUCGCCAAACUGCGAGCCGCAGUCCUCUCCCACUUCGGCACAGCCAGCAAUCCGACCAACGAGAUGACAUUCGAGUCCCUUAAAGCAUGCAAAGAGAUGACCUACGUGAUAUACGAAACUCUCCGCCUCUUCCCUCUCGUUCCUCUAAACGGCAGAUUCGCAUUGAAAGACACGAUACUGCCGGUAGGUGGCGGCCCGGAUCUCAAGAGUCCGAUUGUGAUUAAGAAGGGUGAGAAUGUGGGGUUCUCGACUUAUGUUAUGCAUCGACGACAUGAUAUCUGGGGAGAGGACGCGGAGGAGUUUCGGCCGAGUAGGUGGGAGAAGAGGAAGUUGGGGUGGGAAUAUGUGCCGUUUUCUGGGGGUCCUAGAGUUUGUCUUGGUCAACAAUAUGCGAUGAAUAAUAUUGCGUUUGUGUUGGCCAAGUUGGUACAAAGGUAUGAUGCGAUCGAGACGCUAGACAUGGAGGGUGGGUUGAAGAAGGGCCUGUCUAUUGUGAUGGCUCCUAAGAAUGGUGUCAUGGUUAAGAUGCACCGGGCUAGUGAGUAG